UUAGAGCUGCAAGUCUAUACGCUGUUUUGAUUUCGUUGAUAUCACAAAUAAAUAAUGUUAUAUUUCCAAUUUGUGACAUAGUUUUAGAAGAAAAUGUGAAUUAAUUCCUCUAUUUACUUGUUUUAUUGUGUACAAGUAGAAAUCCCGAUGGGAGUUACGGUUCUAACCCAAUUUCCUGUUGAGAACAGGACGGGACCUCAAACUAUCGAGAUCCUCUCCAAAAGAAUUAACGCUUUAGGAGCUACUCAGCAAGGGCAAUUUCUAGUGGAUUGCGAAACGUAUAGUUCUGUGCCGGCACUAGGGCAUCAGAGAACUGUUCACGUGCUUCACAAUUCAGAGCAGCCAGCAACGGUAUUCUCACUUCUAGAAACUGGUACGAAAACAAUACCUCUGGCCACGGACGGUUUAUUUGAUUUGUUAAUGAUGAAAAUGUCAAGCUUCUACCAAUCAAAGAAACAAACAAAAGCAGAAGCAAAAGGACCGAGAUAUGAAAUUGGAGAUUUUUGUGUGAAAUUAGGAACAGUGACUGUUAGUAGUAAUUUUAAGGGUAUUUUGGUAGAAGUUGAAUAUAGACCUUGUGCAGUGCCAGUAAUGUGUUGGGAUUUAAUUAUGGAAUUUAUGCAAGGAUUUCUUGGAUCAUCGGGUCCAACAAAUCCUCCCACAUUUUUUCAAAAUCGUAUGCAAGAAAUCUAUUCUCCCCUGGACACUAUUCAACAAUAUUUGGAGCAUUUCACAGUGUUUAGGAAGACACCUGGCCCUGGAAUGCUGAUGAGGCCCCAAUAAUUC